CACUCGUUGGCGGCUGACGUACGCACUAAUCUCUCUGAUGACCUUCUGGUUCGUUGCCCGGGUGCGGGUGUGGGUGGUGCGAAGAGAGAGAGAGAGAGAGCGCUCAAUCCUCACCCAACCGUCCCAAUAUCCCAUCGAAUAAUUCUUCUUCUCCCCUCACGCCUCCAUUCUACCCUCUGUCUUCAUCCUCAAUCACCCCCAUUGUAAUCUCUCUCUCUCUUUUAUAAUCUCUCUCUCUCUCUCUCUCUCCUGUUUGUUCGUCUUUUCGAUCGGUGAUAGCCCCAAAGGAUCAGGGGGGCGGAGAAAAACACCAGGGGGAUUGAUUCUCGGGCAGAGUUUCUAAGGGAAAAUGGGCAAUAUUGGAAGCCAUAGCGGAGGCCGCCGGAGCCACCGGAGCCAACAAAACCACUCUCCUCCACUCCCUACACAGACACAUCAACCUGAAAUUAGUGGAAAUCAGUACGUUUUUGCUGCUGCUUCACCUUAUCCAUCCCAAUACCCAAAUCCAAAUCCAAAUCCACCCCAUUAUUAUCAGUAUCAUGGAUACUGCCCUCCACAAUCGAUGCCAUUAGCAGGUUCCUAUAGUCAUUAUCAUCGUGGUGGUAGUCCACUCCCCGACCCCGUACAUGCAAAUUGGGGUGGUGGGCAGUACCCAUAUGGUGCUGUUCCCCAUUCUGCUGCCCCUGCCCCUGCCCCUGCCCCCCCAUAUGUUGAGCAUCAGAAGGCAGUUACUAUUCGUAAUGACGUGAAUAUUAAGAAAGAGACUCUAAGGGUUGAACCGGACGAGAAGAAUCCAACGCAGUUCCUUGUUUCCUUCACAUUUGAUGCUACUGCUGCUGGAAGUAUCACAGUCAUAUUCUUUGCGAAGGAAGAUGUUGACUGUAAUUUGAUGGCAAUGAAGGAAAGCCUGCCUAAACCAGUCACCGUGCCGUUCCAAGUAGGUCUUGGUCAGAAGUUUAGACAGCCUUCUGGAACUGGAAUUGAAUUCUCAAUGUUUGAAGAUGCAGAGUUAAUGAAAGAGGGAGACACAGAAAUUUUUCCCCUUGCAGUAAAGGCUGAGGCAUACCCCUUGGACCAUAAUGAUACGGAAGAAAACCUUGCCAGGAAUUCUCAGAUCACUCAAGCAGUUUUUGAGAAGAAAGGUGAUUUCCAGGCGCGUGUGGUGAAACAGAUCCUGUGGGUGAAUGGGAUGAGGUAUGAACUACAGGAGAUAUAUGGGAUUGGUAAUUCAGUUGAUUGUGAUUUUGAUGGGAAUGACCCUGGUAAAGAAUGUGUCAUCUGCUUGUCAGAACCACGAGACACUACUGCCCUCCCAUGCCGACAUAUGUGCAUGUGCAGUGGAUGUGCCAAGGUUCUGAGGUUCCAGACAAACCGAUGCCCAAUUUGCAGGCAACCAGUUGAGCGGCUGUUGGAGAUCAAAGUAAGCAACAAAUCCGAAGAAUGAACAUAUGCUGUUCCUCCUGCUAGCAUUCCUCUUAUUCCUAUGCAUGUUUGCUGUAAUGCUUUAUUGUUGUUCUCUUUCUUUACACACCCUCCUGGGUUUUCCAAUAAUAGCCGUAUAGGCAAGAAGGAAAUCACGCGGACGACAGUGUGUGAAAUUGGUUGCAUUGUAAGCAAAGCUCCGGCUGUCCUGUUGCCCAAUGACAAUCAUAUACAUAUAGACAUCACUAAAUUUUUUCCUUAUGAAAGGAAAUGGUUUUCUCAGCAA